GCGUGUGUCUGCUGCUAGCGUGCAGGUCAGUGAGGAGCCCUAAAAUACUCUUUUUCCUGCACAGAUACUUCCAGCUCCGUGGUGCGAGGUAAUUUAGAGCCUUGUUCUCAAACCUGGGAAAUUUUUGAGGCUUGGCGGGCCAGGGAAGACAAGUAAACUGGUACGGAAUUGAGACGCAGGGUGAACUGGAUUGACAGGCCCAGAGCACACCGUAUUGUCGGCGAAAGCAUACCAGAGUUUUAUGAAAGAAACGAUAAUGAACCAGGAGAAACUCGCCAAGCUGCAGGCACAAGUCCGCAUCGGCGGCAAGGGAACAGCCCGCAGAAAGAAGAAGGUUGUCCACAGAACAGCUACCGCUGAUGACAAGAAGCUCCAGUUCUCUCUCAAGAAAUUGGGAGUCAACAACAUCUCUGGUAUUGAGGAGGUGAACAUGUUUACAACCCAGGGGACGGUAAUCCACUUCAACAACCCCAAAGUUCAGGCCUCUCUGGCAGCCAACACCUUCACCAUCACGGGCCACGCCGAGACCAAGCAGCUGACCGAGAUGCUGCCCAGCAUCCUCAACCAGCUCGGAGCCGACAGUCUGACCAGCCUCCGGAAGCUCGCCGAAAACCUGCCCAAACAAGCUGGGGACGGUAAGGCGCCGAUCGCUGGCGGAGAGGAAGAUGAUGACGAUGUUCCAGAUCUUGUGGAGAACUUUGACGAGGCAUCAAAGGACGAAGCUAACUAAGGGGAGACGUGCAAACACCCAAGACCUUUGCUCUCCUCUCACUGACGUGGGAUGACGUGUCUUUUUUUCCCAGCCUUUUAUUUUUUUUUUCAUUCUUUUUUUCAAAAUAAUUGUUCGCUCACCUCACCCCCUCCUUCUCAAAACUCCUCCGGGUAACCCUCUGCUGCUUUGGGCCCCGUUUGCCUGUCUGAAGAGGUGGAGGUGUGCGAAUGUAUGUAUGUGCGUGUGUGUGAGCGCGAAUGUUUGAAUGUGUGUGAGAGAGAUGUGUGUGUACGCGUCCCUCGUCAGAGCCGGAAGGUGGAGGUGUGUGUGACGGUCGCGAGCUGAACCUGGCUGUUUCUCCCGUGUUACUGAAAGCUACUCCUUUGCAGCCAUGAAUAUAAGUACACGCAUACCUGGAAUAAAAUGUUUGCUAUCAAAUACCCUCCA